GAGACCCCGGAAGUGGUGGUUUGCAGCUUCAGAUUCGAAGUCUGAGUCGGGCUGUACGAUGGGUUGCGACGGCGGCACUAUCCCCAAGAGGCACGAACUGGUGAAGGGGCCCAAGAAGGUCGAGAAGGUUGACAAAGAUGCUGAGUUAGUGGCGCAGUGGAACUACUGCACUCUGAGUCAGGAAAUACUCCGACGACCAAUAGUUGCUUGUGAACUUGGCAGACUUUAUAACAAAGAUGCUGUCAUUGAGUUUCUGUUGGACAAAUCUGCCGAGAAGGCUCUGGGGAAGGCAGCUUCUCACAUUAAAAGCAUUAAGAAUGUGACAGAACUCAGGCUGUCUGACAACCCUGCCUGGGAAGGGGACAGAGGAAACACUAAAGGCGACAAGCACGAUGACCUCCAGCGAGCGCGCUUCAUCUGCCCCGUCGUGGGCUUGGAGAUGAACGGCCGCCACAGGUUCUGCUUCCUUCGGUGCUGUGGCUGUGUGUUUUCUGAACGCGCCUUGAAGGAGAUAAAAGCCGAAGUCUGCCACACAUGUGGGACUCCCUUCCAGGAGGAUGACAUCACUGUGCUCAAUGGCACCAAGGAGGACGUGGAGACGCUGAAGAGGAGGAUGGAGGAAAGACGGGUGCGGGCAAAGCUGGAGAAGAAAACCAAGAAGACCAAGGUGACCGAGUCUGUUUCCAAGCCAGGUGUCACGGAAGAAUGCCCAGGGCCAUCAAAAAUGAAGGCAGGAAGGCCUGAGGAGACAGAUUCCAAAGAGAAAAAAACCACCUCAGCUCCCAAAGGUGCAGCAACUUCCGGGAGCUCUUCUGGGAAAGCUGGGAAGCCUGCAUGUGCUGCCCCAAAGAGGUCCAUCGCUGACAGUGAGGAAUCCGAAACCUACAAGUCCAUUUUCACAACUCACAGCUCAGCCAAGCGCUCCAAGGAGGAGUCGGCCCACUGGGUCACCCAUACAUCCUACUGCUUCUGAGUGUGUGGCUCCUCCCCGCAGGGCCUCGUGUGAUCCCCCAGGCAUGCGCGCCUCGUGUGUCUUGGUGUGCAUGGCGUGAUAAAGUUGUCCUCACCAGUC